AUGGUGAUACGGUGGCAGUGGUUCUGGCAAUCGAUUUGCCUAUUACUAGCUUUAGUUAUCACGGUGGAUGCUGUGAAUAGUUUCGAUGAUUUGUAUCAAAAUCACAUCCAUGAGUCAAACGAUGAUAGUGAAUUUGCAGUGCUAAAAGAAAUCUAUCGACAAAAUUUGAUACACGACUAUGCGGACGAUAAAGUGCACCGGCAGGAUGAGGUUGAACAGGCACUGGAACAAAGAAUACAAAGCUUUGUUCGCGAACGAAACGAGCGCAGGCAGCAUUUUGAUGGGAAAAGAAUUCGUCGAGAUGCAAACGAUGCCGAUGCAGCUAUCGAAGCGGACACUGCGGAAGCUCGACAGCUGUAUCUGAAAGGAUUUCGUGAACGUGGCCAAGUGCCUGUUAAUUUUCCGGUCGACAUUUGCCUGCUGCGUGUUGGAAAAUCAAUCUUUGCUGCGGCUCUUCAUCAAAGCGAAACCAGCAACCGUACGAUGAACGCAACAGCUGUGUCCUUUUAUCGAAGGGUGAAAGGAAAGUUUGAAAAGUACCACGAACAUCAAACGGUCACUGCACGUUCCUUCGAUUGUGUGUCCAUUGCGCAACUUGGAUUUGUGGCGGUCGUCAACUACCACGAUCAGGAGCUGAACGUAUUUGCGGAAGGAUCGCCCGUGUUUCAAAUCCACGAGGAUGGCAAGACGGAAAUCGUGCAAACAUUUGGACAACCGAACCAACACACGGUACACCUGUGGGUGCACGGGAAGCACGUAUACUUAACGCACACGUACAUCAAUCUGGACGAUAGUAGGUCAAAUGUCUGCCCCCUGUACCGAUGGGCUGGAUACUAUUUCGACGUUGUCGAUCAUAUGCCGUGUUACAAUUCCGUACACAUUGAAGCAUUUUCCGUCGAGCAGCAAAUGUUUGUUGCAGUUGCAAAUCAGAUGUCCGCCGUGCAAGGAAAGGACACAUUUUCGGAUAUAUUUGUACUAAAUCCGGACACGCAAAAGCUCGUGCUACAUCAGCGCAUCUAUAUUUACUCCGUGUCGGAUAUAGCGUACUUUUUCUUCGAAGCACGUGAGCGUAGGGAACAUUUCCUCAUAACGGGCAACUCACACGAUGCCGAUGGUGGUGGUAAGGACGGUUCCGGUGCUAGUUCCAGCAGCAGAUCACAUACUGUUGAUCAGAACUCUAUCGUUUACAAGUUUGUGGAUGGUUAUUUUGUGCCGUUUCAAAAUUUGGAACUAACUAGUGUAAAAAUGUUCCUGCCGGUAGUGCAUGAAAAUGGAGAGUUCCUUUUACUCGUUCUCUGUCACGAUCAGCCGCUCUUAAUUUACGAAUACGACGGUUGGAAAUUCGUUCCGUCGCGCAUCGAUUAUACGGGCGAAGCGUUUGCUGCCGGUGUGUCACAUAUGCGCGUCUAUCGGCACAUUGUAAACGCAAGCGUAAUUGUAAUUGCCAACAGCAAUUUGUUUGGAAAAUCGAUUAAUCUCUUCACCCCACAGUACGGUGUGCAGAAUGAUUUGCGACAGGUGUAUGCGCACUUUAUUGAAUGGUGCGAAAGAAUGCAUGAACAUAUAGCGCAGGUGAAUCUCGGGGAACUGUACAAUCAGCUGAUCAGCUUGCCGGAUAAUGGACCGAAUAGUGCACGGAUCGUGAAAAAGAAUCUCGAGAUACAGGAUUCUGCCGUGCAAUCGGUUAAUACCAAAGCCAUCCAUACAAAGCACCUUCUGGUGGAUGAUGCACUGCUGUCUUACGUGAUCGAGGUGAACGAGUACGUGCAGCGCGUAAAGGAAAAGAUGGACUUGGUCGAACAAACUAUCCACAGCAGUGUGCUAACAAAUGAUACAGUGCGUUGGAAUGGUGAUCUGGCCGUUUCCGAGCUUAUCGCACCGGCCGGACAGAUGCGGCAGCUCGAUGUUAAAGUGCUGAACAAUGCUGCGCACAAGACGCGACACACGGAUGAACAGAGGGGAGAUGUAGCCGAGGAUGAUAUGAUCGAGGUUGAUCGUCUGAUAGUGGACCGUAUUGUCGAUGUACAAUUUUUCAAUGGCCAUGCAGCAGACAGUUUGCUCCUGCUAGAUGAUCCUCCUGCAAAAUGGAAGGAUCUAUCUCUGACGGCGAAGAAAGUCGUCGUGGGAGGAAAUCUUUUCGUGAACAAGCUGAUCGAUGGUAUUUUCUUUCAUCCGGGUAACAUUCUAUUGCCGGAAGUAAAUCAAAUCUUCAGUGCCAAGAGUUUGAUGGUGAAGGAUUUAAGCGUUAACCGGUUGAUGAGCAAACGGUUGAACUCUACCGAAACGGUAACCGUACAAAGGAUGAUGGAUCAAUCUCGCACAUUACUAGCAAAAGCACGUGGUGCAAUGUCACAAGAGUAUGGCAGCGAUUUCGAAACUAUCGAUACGGACGAACUGAAGCUUACGGGUCUGCUUAACGACAUUGAUCCACGCAUUCUUACUGAGCAGGUUUUGCACGAACAGGCAGUAGAUCAGCAAUUCAGCGGUAAAUUGGUUGUAGAUCAGAUAACGGCACAUAAUAUGGAAGUUGUUGAUUCCAAGCUGUCUGGUGUGGAAAUAGCAAACGUCGCCCGUACAACCGGUGAGCAACAGAUCGUUCAGGAUCUUCAGUUUGUGCAACCGAUGCUGGUGGACAAUUUGUACCUCCAAGAUCGUCUUAACCACAUUCCUGUGAUGGAGAGGAAACUACAGGUGCUGCAUCUUGCUUCUGACGAGGUGCAAUCUAUCACCGGUACGAAAACGUUCGAUUACGUUACGCUACUGAAACCGAUCGAAUUGCAAGGCAAAAUUGAUGGAGACAGUUUAAGCAAAAUGAACCCUAUCAUGACAAUCGGAGACGAUCUGGUACUGAACGGUGACUACACAAUCUAUGGAAACGUAACGUUCAGUGGACCACUAUGGGCGCAUAACAUUUUAAGUGCCGGAGGUGUACAACAUCUACAUCGACUCACAACGCACGGUUUACAUUUAAACAUGGCGCCUCCACCUGGUCAAAUGAUUAAAUUCUUACAGCCUGUUUUUGUGGAGCAUUUACAUGCGGGCAAGAUCAACGAUCUCGAAACAAAUGAUUUAGUACCGCAAGCCACCGGAGAGGUACAGUACUUAACCGGACGCAAGACCUUUGUGGCGGAGCUGAAGAUUGACGGUGUGGCCGAUGCGAAUGAAAUCAACAAAGUUGAUUUGAAUCUACUGAAUCGAACGAUCUUGCGCCGAACUGGUCCGGAACAAACAAUCGAAGGAACGAUUCACUUUGACACGAUUAUAGCACCGAUCGUAAAUAGUAAAAACGUUCUGUUCGAUUCGAAGCGGAUCGAUCGUUUGCUUCGAUUAGACGUUCCUCAGAAUGUAAGUGCACCGGUACUGUUUGAAAACUGUACCGUACAUGUAAGUAAUUCUGUCGUUGCGGAAGAGAUACAUGCAGGCAAUCGGUCGACAGUUUAUGGUUACGAUAUGGAGUACCUUCUACAAGACACGCUUACGUUCGGGGCAGACGAAACUGGUGUACCGAGCGUAGAGGGUCUGAAGUCCUUCCGAAACAUUACUAUUGGUCGGUUGGUUUUACAAGACGACGCUACGUUGAAUGCGAUACCGGUGGACAACUUGAAACACAUCCUUGCUGCCGGUGAUAAUCGUACGAUCAUCAAAAAUGAACCGUACAACUUCCAGAGCGACAUUACGGUGAACCAUCUUCUCUUUGAAGGAUCCAUUAACGGUAUACCGAAGGAUGCGUUUUGUCGUGCGUGGCUAAUGUAUAGUGGCAAUCAAACGUUUACGGUCGGACAAACAUUUGACCAUGUUGUAACAGACCGGUUGCAUCUGUCUGGCAAGCUUAACGACAUUACGAUGGAACAGUUGGUGGAAAAUGCUUAUCGUAUCGAUCGAGAGGAAUACAUUGAACGGGCAGUGUUUCAUCAAGGGAUUGUCACGUACGAACCGUCUACCGUUGGUGGUUUAGUAGCCGGGCUUAAUCUGUCUAGCGACAUCCUGCUCAAGCAAUCUCCAGAAAUACAAACGCUUGACACGGUUCACGUAUCUGGCGCACUGGAAGCAAAGGGCGAAUUGCACAUUUUAAGUCAACUGAAUGGUAUCAAUUUUCCCAAGAUGAUGGAAUUUUUUACUCCCCUGGAAAAAGGUGCAGCACAAGAAAGUGCGCCGGUCAAUAUCGAUGUGCAUGGUAAUGUUUACUUCGAACACGAUCCAACCGUCGUCCAUCUGAACGGACACAACGUUCAGAAACUUUACAGCGAAGUGUGGCUUUCUCACCGACCAACGGUGCUAACUGGUCGAUACCAUUUUGAAAGUGUUGAAUUUCAUAAAGCCCUCCAUUCGAAGAACCAACCGAUUAACCAUCUGCACUGGAACGACGUGGAGGCACGAUGUCUGAGCGGGAAGCGAGCACAAAAUAUUACGGCACCGGUGGAAUUCCUUGGCGAAGUUACUGCUCGUACGGGUGCUAUUUUUCAAGACAUUCAUCUGCAAGGAAACCUAAAAAGCACCGGAAGUGCUCCUGGUAUAAAUGUGGAAGAAUAUGAUAAAUAUGCCUUGCGCUAUCAUCAACCACAGGAAAUUAGUGGAAAGUGGCAUUUUCAUGAUGUGGAGAUACACGGUGAUUUCAAUCCGAAAACACUGAACGGUUACAAUGUGGAAACUGAUUUGCUUAGAUUGGACGUCCCUGUUGGAAACUUUACCGCUCCAAAACGUUUCCGCGAGUUACAUACAGAGAGUAUUGUUUGCGCUCCGCCAUGCAUCAUACAGGACGUCGAUAUGGAUGAGUGGUACGCAAAUGGGUUACGUUUGAGGGGUAAUCAAACAAUAGAGGGAACACUUCACAUACAGGAUGGUAUCAUAACUGGGAAUCUGGAAGUACUAGGCACAGUAAAUGGAAGGCAGUUUGAUGCUGAACACCUGUUGCUGAAAUCUGUACCACAAAAUGUUAAUGGCACCCUGAGGCUGGUUACGAAAUUCCCGAAGGAAAACAAGAUCUUUCCUCUGGUGUUUGAAUCGCUCAGUGCAAGAGCUAUCAACGAAAAGGACGUGGAAAAGUUUAUGAACAGUAUUGCUGUGAUAAGUCAAAAUCCCUUAAACGUCAACAUUCCGGUCACGUUGAUUGAACCGUUAGAGGCGGAGGAAACAGUUCUCGAAGGUGACAUGGUGUAUGGCGUAAACGUUACGCAACUGCUGCAAAGCACUUCAUACCACAAGGAUAUAAGUGAACUAGCGUCACAGGUACGAUCGCUCAACAGUGUUAACGAUAGGCUGGCACAGAGUGUGUUCGAAAACAGUCCAGUAUUUAGCCACUUCGACAAAAUGAAGCCCUUUACAGUGCAAGCAGUACGCAUGCUCGUACUUACCGUUUCGAUUCACUCUGGACCGAUGGAUUUGAUUGUUGUUCACAGCACUGAAACUAACAGACCUUCUGCCAUCGAAUUCUAUCAUUGGAGCGACAAAAAAUCAAAUUUAAUACCCGCCAAAGCUUUUCCCUCGAUCGUUGGUCACGAUCGUACAAUCGUAAACAUGAAGCGACUUAACUUAGGCCAUAAACAGCAUCUUUUUGUUGAGUUUCUGGAACACGGCAAUAAUGGUUACGCUCAACAAAUUUUAGAUCUACAUUCAGAAACAACAAGCAUGUACAAGUUCAUUCCUCUAUAUGUGAUGAAUAGCACCCGGGCAAGGGAUGUCAUCUGGAUGAAAAUAGUGAAACUGGACUGCAUCGUAAUGUACACGAAGGGUAUGGCGGGCUUUGAGGUUCGUUGCUUGAGAGAACACAAUCUCGUACAAAUACUCGACGUGCGACAAAUCGCAGAAACGGUUGUCCCGAUGCAGAUUGUCGCCCUGGAAAAUCAUCUCAUUAUAUUAGACAACAGUGAACGUAUACAGAUUUGGCGUACAACGGCUAGCUUCUACUUGAAGCAUCACCAAACGAUAGCCGUAUCGCAUCCAUCGUACCUCAGCGUGGCGAGGUAUGAAAAUCAACUAAUGCUAGCAAUCAAUUCAGAGCACACGCCGAACACGGCCCAUCACGGAUCGAUUGAAAUAUGGCGCAAAGCGCUAACCGCCAAUGCAACCUUCGUGCAACAUCAGCUGAUAUUGACCAAAUUGCCGAAACAGUUGCAAUUUUCUGUAUUGCCAUCGAAAGAAAUGCUAUUGUAUACGCUCACGGAAAACUGGCUGCAUCCGUUGGUGGUGUACCGGUAUGAAGGAGUAACAGGAUUCCGGGAAAUACUGACGACGAAUACAAUUCGUCAAAAGGCAAAAAGAAUGUCAGUGCUUAAGUUGCGGGUAGCAGGAAAAGAGCUCAUUGCGAUUGUAGGCCCCGAGUCUACUGAUUUUGUAGAGGUUGUGUUUGUCUAAUUGGUGAUGUAAUCGUAUACUAUUGGCUUUGUAAAUUAUUUGUACGUAAGCGUUCAAUUGUACAUGUUGAAACUACAUUGGAUGAAUAUAUUUAUUAAAACGUUUGAAUGAUAAAAA